AUGAGGAGUUCACUGUUGAUCCUCCUGGUUCUUGUCUUGCUCUCCUCUGUUCCACCAGUUAAAAGUGGACCAAAUGCUUACCUCAAGAAGAUCUUCGAAACCUGCUGGCGAUUGAAAGGCACCUGCAAGUUAGCAUGUGCAGAGAGUGAAGUCUAUCACAUUUUUUGUAACAAUUAUCAUCUUUGCUGUGUCUCCGAAAAAGACUUGCCUAUCCUUGUUGGGUGAUAGCUGUGAGUUCAGCAAGCCUCCUGCAGAUGUUUUCUGGGACUCCAGAUCCCUCUCAGCGGCGCCACCUCAUUAAAAUCAUGGCUUUACUCCACCCUGUGGCUGUGUUGGCUGUGUCUAUCCUACAGAAAUACUCUCCUAGUUGCAGUUCCCGUCUUCAGUGUUAUUUUCUUUUUGAGAACUUGUGACUGACCAAGUUUUCUGA